GCAUAACGGCUUGGCUUGCCUGUAACCGCUAGGCUUGGCUUGGCGUUCCUCGCUUGGCUUGGCGUUAGUGGCUUUGCCUGGUGUUUCUCGCUUGGAUUGGCGUUUCUUCCCUCGCAUUCUUUUACUGGACUUGACUUUUUCUCUGCUGGGUUUGGCAUUCCCUUGGGUGGUCUGGGUGUUUCCUUGCGGGAGGGGGGGCUUGGCCUUUCCUGGGGUGGGAGUGGGGUCGCCCCGGGUGGGCGUGGGCUUGCCCCGGGUGGGCGUGGGCUUUCCCCGGCUGGGUGUGGGUUUUCCCUGGGUGGGGUGGGCUGGGCUCCCCUGCUGGGGUUGGCAGGUUUUGGCUGGGAUUGACCUUUCUCUUCAAACAGGUUGGAAACCCAGAGUUUCCUGCUAGUUGGUAAGACCGGUUGGUAGACGCGAUCUGCUCGCUACUACCGGCCUCCCCUGGCUGUUAAAAGCAGAUGGCGGCUGAGGUUUGUUCAAGGUCGGCUGCCUCCACUGUGAAGAAGCCAUUUGGUCUCAGAAGCAAAAUGGGCAAGUGUUGCCACCACUGCUUCCCCUGCUGCAGGGGGAGUGGCAAGAGCAACGUGGGCACUUCUAGAGACCACGACGGCUCUGCUGUGAAGACACUCAGGAGCAAGAUGGGCAAGUGGUGCCGCCGCUGCUUCCCCUGCUGCGGGGGGAGCGGCAAGAGCAACGUGGGCGCUUGGGGAGACUACGAUGACAGCGCCUUCAUGGAGCCGAGGUACCACGUCCGUCGAGAAGAUCUGGACAAGCUCCACAGAGCUGCCUGGUGGGGUAAAGUCCCCAGAAAGAAUCUCAUCGUCAUGCUCAGGGACACUGACGUGAACAAGAGGGACAAGCAAAAGAGGACUGCUCUACAUCUGGCCUCUGCCAAUGGGAAUUCAGAAGUAGUAAAACUACUGCUGGACAGACAAUGUCAACUUCAUGUCCUUGACAACAAACAGAGGACACCCCUGAUAAAGGCUGUACAAUGCCAAGAAGAUGAAUGUGCGUUAAUGUUGCUGGAACAUGGCACUGAUCCAAAUAUUCCAGAUGAGUAUGGAAAUACCGCUCUACACUAUGCUAUCUACAAUGAAGAUAAAUUAAUGGCCAAAGCACUGCUCUUAUACGGUGCUGAUAUUGAAUCAAAAAACAAGCAUGGCCUCACACCACUGUUACUUGGCGUACAUGAACAAAAACAGCAUGUGGUGAAAUUUUUAAUCAAGAAAAAAGCUAAUUUAAAUGCACUUGAUAGAUAUGGAAGAACUGCCCUCAUACUUGCUGCAUGUGGUGGAUCAGCAAGUAUAGUCAGCCUUCUACUUGAGCAAAAUAUUGAUGUAUCUUCUCAAGAUCUAUCUGGACAGAUGGCCAGACAGUAUGCUGUUUCUAGUCAUCAUAAUGUAAUUUGCCAAUUACUUUCUGACUACAAAGAAAAACAGAUGCUAGAAAUCUCUUCUGAAAACAGCAAUCCAGAACAAGACUUAAAACUGACAUCAGAGGAAGAGUCACAAAGGCUUAAAGGCAGUGAAAAUAGCCAGCCAGAGAAAAUGUCUCAAGAACCAGAAAUAAAUAAGGAUUGUGAUAGAGAAGUUGAAGAAGAAAGAAGUAAUCAUGUGGGAUUCCCAGAAAACCUGACUAAUGGUGCCACUGCUGGCAAUGGUGAUGAUGGAUUAAUUCCACAAAGGAAGAACAGAACACCUGAAAAUCAGCAAUUUCCUGACCCUGAGAAUGUAGACUAUCACAGAAUUUGCCAAUUACUUUCUGACUGCAAAGAAAAGCAGAUGCCAAAAUACUCUUCUGAAAACAGCAACCCAGUGAUGAACAAAAUGAUAUUCAGAAGGAACUUUCCAAAGAACAGAACACUGGAAUAUUACAAGCUUUCUCUUAGUCAUAAGAAAGAAAAAGAUCUCUUGCUUGAAAAUAGUACAUUGCAGGAAGAAAUUGCCAUGCUAAGACUGGAACAAGACAUAAUGAAAUAUCAGAACCAGCUAAGAGAAAAGAAAUAUUUGGAGGAAAUUGAAAGUGUGAAAAAAAAGAAUGAUAAUCUUUUAAAGGCUGUACAACUGAAUGAGCUCACCAUGGGUGAUGAUACCACCAUGCUCGUCAUUGACAAUGGAUCCGGCAUGUGCAAGGCCGGCUUUGCAGGAGACAAUGCCCCCCGGGCUGUCUUCCCUUCCAUCGUGGGGUGCCCCAGGUACCAGGGCAUGAUGGGGGGCAGGUCAAAGGACUCCUAUGUGGGCAUCGAGGCCCAGAGCAGGAGAGGCAUCCUGACCCUGAAGUACCCCAUGGAGCAUAGCAUCAUCACCAACUGGGAAAACAUGGAGAAGAUCUGGCACCACUCCUUCUACAAUGAGCUCCGUGUGGCUCCUGAGGAGCACCCGAUGCUGCUGACUGAGGCCCCCCUGAACCCCAAGGCCAACCACGAGAAGAUGACCCAGAUCAUGUUUGAGACCUUCAACACCCCAGCCAUGUACGUGGCCAUCCAGGCUGUGCUGUCCCUGUAUACCCCUGGCCGUACCACUGACAUCAUGACGGACUCUGGUGAUGGGGUCACCCACACUGUGCCCAUCUAUGAGGGAAAUGCUUUCCCCCAUGCUAUCCUGCACCUAGAACUGGCUGGCCGGGACCUGACUGACUACCUCGUGAAGAUCCUCACUGAGCGUGGCUAUAGGUUCACCACCACGGCUGAGCGGGAAAUCGUGUGUGACAUCAAGGAGAAGCCGUGCUAUGUUGCCCUGGACUUCGAGUGGUAGAUGGCCAUGGCGGCCUCCAGCUCCUCCCUAGAGAAGAGCUAUGAGCUUCCCAAUGGCCAGGUCAUCACCAUUGGCAACGAGCGGUUCCGCUGCCCCGAGGCGCUCUUCCAGCCUUCCUUCCUGGGCAUGGAAUCCUGUGGCGUCCACGAAACUACCUUCAACUCCAUCAUGAAGUGUGACAUGGACAUCCACAAAGACCUGUACGCCAACACAGUGCUGUCUGGUGGCACCACCAUGUACCCUGGCAUCGCCGACAUGAUGCAGAAAGAGAUCACUGCCCUGGCGCCCAGCACGAUGAAGAUCAAGAUCAUUGCUCCUCUGGAGCGCAAGUACUCCGUGUGGGUCGGUGGCUCCAUCCUGGCCUCGCUGUCCACCUUCCAGCAGAUGUGGAUCAGCAAGCAGGGGUAUGAUGAGUCAGGCCCCUCCAUUGUCCACCGCAAAUGCUUCUAGGUGGACUGUGACUUAGUUGUGUUACACCCUUGCUUGACAAAACC